UGCUACUCCAACUCAUACCCUUAGAUAAGACUGAUAACCCUCCCAGGUACUCGAACACAAUCAUUAUCUCGUUCUGCUUACAGUACAAUCGUCAUCGGUUAAAGGUACGCUCGCUUAGUCGAACCUAGUGAUAAGUUGGUCGCGAUAAGGGGGAGCUUGUGAUUUGCUCCAUACUAUUCUUUCAUCUUUUAUGGAGUAUAAGGAGAAAAAAGAACCUUCAUUACAUUCUACCUGGGGAAUACAUGAUGUUGGGCCACCAAACGCUAAUGAACAUGCUAAACAUAUCAGCCGAAAACUGAAUAGACGCCAAGUACAAAUGUAUAGUAUUGGUGGUGUCAUCGGUACCGCGGUCUUUAUCACUCUCGGAAAACAAAAUACAGAAGCAGGUCCACUUUUCUUAUUACUUGGCUACUCUUUUUGGAGUUGCAUUAUCUAUCUCGUCAAUGAGUGUGUCGCAGUCCCAACUUCAAGGUUGCCCGUCGAGAAUGCAUUUGUCGAUUUUGCUGUAAGAUAUGUGUCUCCCGGUGUCGGUAUGUCUAUAGGCUACAAUUACUUUCUAGGAAUGAUUGGUUUACUCUGUUUUGAGAUUACGAAUUUCGGUAACGUUAUUGACUUUUGGACAUCUGAGCCCCUUCAUCCAGCCAUUCUCACAAGUGUCUGCAUUGUCACAUACGCCCUUAUUCAUUGUUGGGACUCGAGGUGGUUUGGUGAAUCAGAGUUUUGGAUCGUUCUAGUCAAGAUUUUGUUACUUAUACUUUGCUUAUUUUACACGUUGUGUACAAUGUGUGGGGCAAAUCCUCUUCAUGAUGCUUACGGUUUCAGAUAUUGGAGAGAUCCUGGUCCAGUAGUCGGUACAACGAGAUCGGAACAGUUACGAGCAUUCUUAUCAGCUCUUCUCGGAGCCUCAUUUGCAGUAGCGGGACCAGAUAUGCUUUCGAUUAUAUCAGGAGAGGCAAGAGAUCCUCGUAGGGUGAUGCCUAUUGCAUUUAGAACAGUUUUCGUCAGAUUGUUUGUAUUUUUCGUGUUGUCAACAUUGGCUGUUGGUAUAGUUAUUUCCUCCGAGGAUCAAAUUUUACUGGACGCAAUCAACAAUGACAGCGCAGGGGCUGCUCAAUCACCAUACGUUGCCUCUAUGAUUAGAUUAAAAGUCUCGGUGCUCCCGCAUUUGGUGAAUGCAGCUAUCGCAACUUCGAUAUACUCUGCUGGUUCUGCAUUUUUCUUUAAUUCAGCACGCACCCUUCAUGGUCUCGCCAUGAAAGGUAUGGGACCACCUGUAUUUAAACGAGUCAAUAGGAAUGGUGUUCCAUAUGUGACGGUCGUAGUCACCAUAGCAUUCGCGUGCCUUAGUUAUCUACAAGUCGGGAAUGGUAGUGCAAAAGUACUUGAUUGGUUUAUUGGUAUCUCAACGGCGGCCCAGUUGAUUACUUGGUGUGUAAUGUGUGUAACAUACAUUCGCUGGCAAAAAGCUAUGGAAGUGCAAGGAUUGUGGUAUACCGAGGAACUCCCUUACACUUCUAAGUUCCUACCUUGGGGAGCGUGGUUGGCGUUGUUCUGUGCCACCAUAGUUACUCUAAUCAAUGGAUAUACUGUGUUUUUGGACGGUGGUUGGGAUAUCGCUGAUUUCAUCUUUGCUUAUUUCUCGCCAAUAUGUUUCGUAGUACUUGCUUUGGUGUAUAGCAUCAUCAAACGAGAAGGCUUGGUCAGUCCUGAAAAUGCUGACCUGCAUAGCGGCAUGAGGGAGAUAGAAGAACAUGAGAACACAUUGCUUCAGUCGGACAUCGUGCAUACUAACGUUAUGAAGAGGACAUUCAAUUGGAUUUUAUAAUGAGCCUUAAAUGAGGAUUUCUCAUUUAUUUAUGUAGAUACACGUCUCGAUUAGGAUACAUUUAGCUAUAUUUUCAAAUUCAGCAAGGAUCAAAUGCGUUUUAUUGAUUUGCACAUUUUAUAACUCAUCUGUUUGAUUUUUACAAGUUGUAACAUAUCUCCAAAUAUACAGUGCUUAUUUUGGUUUCA